GAUAAUCAGAAUAGAAUCAACUAUAAAAGCAAAAUCUUUAGCCAAAGAAUAAAGAUGGACAUGUCAUACAGAAGGCGGUUUAUUCACACCAUGUCCCUGCUCUGGGCAUUUGUAGGCUUGGGUUGGGCCACAGGUCAGAUGGGCCCGUCUUUCCCAGAUUUGCGAAUAAUUGUUGACCAGGACCUUGACACGGCGUCUUGGCUUUUCACAAUUGCAGCAAUUGGCUAUAUGGUGGGCUCCUUUUUAAGCGGCAUACUGUAUGAUCGAUUUAACAAGGUGUUACUGAUAGCUUUUUAUGCCGUAGUUUUGAGCGUCUUUACAGGACUUGUUCCAUGGUGCCAAUGGUUUUCUGUAAUGAUGGUCGUCAAAUUCAUUUGCGGACUUGCUGCCGGAGGUCUGGACACGGGAGGCAAUGCUGACAUAAUAUCCAUUUGGGGAGUUAAAGGUGGGUCUUACAUGCAAGCACUGCACUUCAGUUUCGGAAUUGGUGGAAUUGCAUCGCCGGUUGCGACUGAACCAUUCCUAGCAAAAACCAUAUGUCAAGCAGAUGGAGAACAGUCUUCUAAAGCUAACAAAACUUUGAAUGAGACAUUCUACAACAGUACAGACAAAACGAUAUGUGUACAAACGUACGGAACGUCUUACGUUCAUUUUGCAUAUCUCAUUACAUUUUUCGUUGUAUUGUCCAGUAGCGUUCCAUUCUUUAUCAUGAAUAUCAAAUGGACUGAAAACAAUCAGGAUGGUAGAGGUGCCGACAUAAAUGGAUUGCCCCGUCCAAAUCCGCUACCAAUUAAACAGAAGUUAUUAAUAUUAGCUCUGUUAUUUCUCAUUUUCUUCACAUACUGCGCCGUUGAAGACACGUUUUUUGGUUACUUAGCAACGUUUUGUAUCAAUUAUCUGCAGUGGAAUAGUAGUAUCAGCAGCUACGCAACAAGUCUUUUUUGGACAUCAUAUUCGAUUGGUAGGUUUUCUGGAAUAUUUCUCAUUAAAUAUUUCCGACCAGUACAGUUACUAUUUGCUUUCCUUGUGCUUUUGAUAUUGUCGUUUGUUGGAUUUCUAACAGCUAGUCUUGUGUAUUAAUCAGAACUAGUAUGGUUGUUUAUUGCAUUAGUAGGAUUUGCAAUGUCUAUAACGUUUCCAUGCGUUUUUUCAUGGACUGAAAAUGAUAUCCUACAAGUUUCUGGUGUAAUAUCUUCCAUUUUCCUUAUAGCUGCAUCCGGUGGUCAAAUGAUAAAUCCUUUAUUUCUUGGUUACCUUAUGGACAAUUUAUCCCCUAUAUGGUUUGCUUACAUUCUUCUGGCAGAGAG